GAGAGAGAGAGAGAGGAGUGAUUGAAAGAAAAUCAAGACAGAGUGGUGGGAAGAAGAAGCCUAAAGAAAGUGAGUGGCAAGUGAAACCUUAGCAUAGCAGCAGGUUGGCUGCUUGACUUCUAUUUCCAGUCCAUCAACAUAAAAUCAUUGUCACACUACUACAGCAGCAGUCAGAUUGGAUCUCUUUUAUCAUGACACAUUCCUACAGUUACAGUUGAAGUAACAAUGGAUAUCCUAAUAAUAGCGAAAUUAUUGCAACCAAAACCCAAUAUCUUCAAUCAAAAGCAGUACUAAGCAGAAAUAUGUUUCUAUCACUGUGUAUAGUACUGUCACUCUUGCAUGACUGUCUAAUGAUAGAUCUUACCUACCGAGUGCAAGAAGAGAAACCUUCAGGAACAUAUAUUGCAGAUAUUGCUGCUGACUCAACCUUUUUGGACACUAUCAAGUCAUCAGAACAAAGUCUGAUAACAUUCAGUCAGUUGAAAGAAAAGUUAACACAACUGUUCAAUGUUACAAAGCCAGGAAAGCUUUACACAGCUCAAAUACUGGAUGCUGAGUCUUUGUGUACAUAUAACAAAAAAUGUUUUAGAAUAGUUAAAGUUGCAGUUCGAAAAACAAAAAGUUUCACAAAGAUUUUGAAAAUCAAACUAAUAAUAGAAGAUAUCAAUGAUCAUCAACCAGAGUUUCCUCAGAAACAAGUCAAUAUUAAGUUUUCAGAAACAGAUAUUCAAGGCACUGUAAAAUCUCUUCCAAAUGCAAUAGACAGAGAUCUUGGGUUUCAGAAUUCACUUAUAGAAUAUAAACUGAAGAAAAAAGAAGACGAGCCUUUUUCCUUAUCUGUUUUCAAAAGAGCAGAUGGCAUCUCUUCCUUAAGGAUUAUUCUCGAGAAACCAUUAAACAGAGAAAUUCAAGAUUCAUUUACACUUAAUGUUAUUGCCAAAGAUGGAGGAACACCACCAAAGCAGAGUGUAUUAAAUGUUGUAAUCUCAGUUGAAGAUGAGAAUGAUAACCAGCCUGUGUUUUCCAAACCUUUAUACAACAUUUCUCUAAAAUCAACUCAUGAAAAAACAAAACCAGUUGUUGUGAUAUCUGCAACUGAUUUAGAUCUGGGUGAAAAUGGGAAAAUUUCUUACUAUUUCAGUCCAAAAACGCCUGAAAUUUCAAAAAAAUACUUCCAAUUAAAUAAAGAGACUGGAGAGAUAUUUAUGGUUUACAAUUCUCAGUUAGAUGGAAUAACACUUUCUGAGUUAUUUGUUGAAGCCAGAGAUGGAGGCAGUCCACCUCUCAGUUCCAUCGCAACUGUUUUAGUAAAUGUUAUUGACCAACACAACAACCCUCCAAAUAUUGAUGUCAACUUUAUUUCUUCUCAAAAUGAUAACACAGCAACCAUUCCUGAAGAUAUUAAAGUUGGUAGUUUCAUUGCUUAUGUGAUGGUCACUGACAAUGAUGUGGGACUUAAUGGGCAGGUCAGUUGUGAUAUUAAACAUGACAAAUUUAAACUACGGUCAAUGGGGUCUAAGGAAUACAACUUAGUUCUUGAAAAGCCAGUUGAUAGAGAGACACAAGACCAUUACAAAAUCACUCUCUCUUGUCAGGAUAAAGGUCUACCUCCUCUCAUAUCAACAGAAAAUUUAUCCAUCCAAGUGACUGACAUUAAUGAUGUACAACCAAAAUUUACCAAAGAUACCUUCCAGUUUCUUACUUAUGAAAAUAAAGAUAAAGACUUCCCUAUUGGUUUUGUCAAUGCCACUGACCUUGAUUUAGGACCAGGUGGUCAACUGACAUAUUUUUUAUCAAACAAGGAUAAACCUUCACUUCCUUUUAUAAUUACUAGCUAUGGCUUUAUUUCAACUACAAUGUCAUUGGACAGAGAGAAACAAGAUGUAUAUAAGUUCCAAGUGUUUGUGAAAGAUAAUGGAUUGCCUUCUCUGAAUGACACUGCCAAUGUUGUUGUUGAAAUUUUAGAUCAAAAUGACAAUGCACCAUUUUUCACCUUUCCCAGUGUUGACCCUUACAAUCUAGAUAUUCAUUACUAUCCACAAGGUAAAAAAGACAUAACUGUUCUAAGAGCUUCUGACAGGGACAAUGGAAACAAUGCUUUCCUAACAUACGGAUUCUUUAAAGGCAACGACAAAAACUUGUUUGCAAUAAAACCUCAUUCUGGUGUGGUGUAUUUUUCUCGUAAAGUUUACCUAGAUGAUGCAGGAGCAUAUGAACUGGUAUUUAUUGUCAAAGACAGUGGCACACCAAUGCAGUCAGCAACAACUACAGUUUCCCUGACACUCACUGUUAGCAAUAAAACAUCUCCAAUGUUGACAGCUGUUCAGUUACAAUCAGAUAACUUGAUUGAUGUAACUCUAUUGAUUAUCAUUGUUGCAGCAGCUGUAAUAGUAUUUGUUGUUAUUGUUGUUUCUAUUACGCUGUGUAUUGUUAGAUGUGUUAAACAUGGAACUACUACAGUAAGAACAGGGAAGAAACCGCCAUACAACUCUGAAAUGAGACAACUCCUAAUUCAAACAAACAAUCCAAUUGGAUUAAUGAAUUCUGAGAAUAUAAUCAGUAGAAAUGUUCUUCCAAAACGAACAAAACAUCAACUUUAUCCUGAAAACUUAGCUCAGAACAAAUACAAAGCACCAAUUAUAACAAGAAAUAUUCUCAAGUCAGCACAGAAAUACAGUGAACCAGUAGUCGCAACAUCUAAUGAUGAUGCUAUGGAACACAACACUGAUGUUCCUGAUUAUACUUUGGAGACACUACCAGCUCAAAGAGAUGGAAGACACAAAUUACGUGAAGGAGGAGGGAGACAUUAUGAAGAAAUUCCAAGUAUGUAAGAAUAAUAAUAAAUGGGAAAAAGGGCAGCAACACCAGCAAAGAAAAUAAUGAGGAACUGAAUAAAGACAGCAACUCCAUUCUUUAACCUAAUAUUUAUGAUGAAAAACAUUCAAUCACAGAAUCAAACAGUUUGAUAGAAAACUUUCAAAUUUCACAGACAUACAGAGAAGAAAAAAAUAUUGUACAUAUUCACAAUGGCAAAUAUUUUUACUCCCAAGAUAUCAGUAUUUCCUAAUUUGAAAAAUCAUUUUAAAAUAUAAUUUAAGGAAACAAAACGUGGUGCAGUGAAUAUAUACAAGGUCAUAAUUUCUACUAAAAUACUUCAGUUCUAUGAAUCAUAGAUAGCAUAUCAGAAAUAACAAAACUAGAUACUUAUGUAUUUAAAACUAUAGGUAUAUAUGCAUUAUAUUCGUAUCAAAUUUGACUUCAAGAUUAUAAAUAUUUCAUUUACAUCACUUCAAUGUAUUCAUUAAAAGCUUCUUUAUUUCUUUUAGCCAUUUUAAAUACUCUAAAUAUUGAAUGAAGAAAAUAUAGCUAUUUCCCAAUAAUUUUCAAUGGUUUUCUUUUGAAGUAUGACUAAUAGAAUUAUAAACCCUAUGGAUAAAGAACUUAAAUCCAGUUUUAGAUAUUUUGGUCCUGCUCUGGGUUUUGAGCACAUUGAUAAGUAAGCUAUUAUAGAAGUUAACUCAUUCUGAUACUUUUAAGUUAAAGCUAGAUUAGGGAAUAAAACUUCCUGUGUCGAAUUACAUAUUACUAAUAAUUAGAUACAAUUUUAGAGUGUUUGAGAGAUUUUACAAGCUUUCAGUUUUACAAAAGUGAGUAAAAUGCUAUUUGGCUUCAUAUCAAGGCUCAUUAUCAAAGUCAAUCUGUAAUUUGAAUACAACAUUUUAUAGCAAUAUUUAUAUUUGAGAGGAUUCUAAACAAAACAACUCUAUUUACUGAGGGAAUUGAUUAAUUAGAAUUGGGGUGAAAUGCAAUUAAAUUAUGUUACUUUGAAAUGAGUGUGUAACACUUCGAAAACAACUUAUGCAAUGCAGCAUACUUUUCUCUCUCUCUCUCUCUCUCUCUCUCCAAAUAUGUAAGUGUGUGUGUGAGUAUGUGUAAGUUAAUGAAAAUAAAAUAAGUUAAAUAAAUGUUGAUAACAUUAUUUUUUACCUUGUAAGUAUAUCAGUUGUAAGAUAAGUACAUACUUAAAAAAAAACUAUUACAUCCACUAGAACUCAUCAUGCUAAUUAAUCUGUCCAUCCUAUAAUUAUGACUAUUAUAUAAGUCAUUAUGCAGUCUACAUCUCAUUUAUAAGGUGUCACACAAAUCUCUCAACUAUACAAUUCAUCACAUUAAUCUAUCUACUAUAUACAUAAUAACAUGUCUAUCAAAGAUGAAUCCACAAAAAAUAAAGCUACAAUUCCCUCAAAUUUAAUGAUUUCAAACUUACCAAAUUAUCCAUUUUAAUGCAUUAACUACUGAAAAUUUUUCCAAAACUGUUUUUUUUUUUCCAAACCAAGCUUUGAUAUUUUUUCAUACAAGCAAUAUCAUAACUGAAGCAUUUUAGUAAAAAAAAAAAAAAAAAAAAAAAAAAAAAUUAAAGAUUUCUCAGCAGCCAUUGUGUAUAUACUAUAUGGAAGACAUUGUUCUAAAAGGAAUCAUCUAUCAUUCUUGAUUUCAUAUUUUUUAUCAUUGUAAUCAUUUCACCUUGUAUCUGACAGUUGGUUGAUCUAAUUAGUUUAUUAAUAUUUUUUGUAUAUAAAUUUCUUCAGAAAUAGUGUUAAAAAGAGAUUUUUUCCUCUAAAUCAAGCAGUAUUUUUCAUUUUUCUUAUAUGGAAUAUUUAGAUAUAUAAUUCUUUAAUACAAAUGCACUGUAAAAUGUAUUCACUUAAUUUAGAAUCCUUUGCAAAUUAUAGUCUCUUAUAGUCUCUAGUAUAUAAUCAGCCAGUAUCAAUUCUUUAUCUAUUUGGCAGAAAUUUAAAGCAGUUGCAAAUUAUGUUUACUUUUCUUAUUUCACUUAAUUUCAAAUGCUCUUUACAAGAUUUCACUCCCUCCUAUGCGGAAACCCAAAAGUUUGGUCAUGUUUUGUUAUGUAUCAUUUAUGUUAAUAUCAUUGAAAGAGGUUUCAAUGUUUCCUUGCUCAUAAUUUAGAGCGAGUAUAACAGCAGAUCAACCAGCCGAACUUUUUGCUUACCCAUGGAAAUGUGUCCUUUUAUCUUAAACAUAUUUUAUGUCAUUGUCAAAUAUAUCCCUCUUUCUUAUCAAAUUUUUUUCUAACAAGGAAUAUUAGAACGUUGUGAUUUUUGCAUAAUUAUUAUUUUACCCAUAUAUAUUGCAAGUUCUACCUGAGAUGUCUUUCAUAAUUUUUGAAUAAAAUAAUAUAAAAUGGAAAUGAGUUAUUUAUGUAUAUCUUUAAACUAUCCCACUUUAUAAUCUUACCUCCAAUGAUGGUGAACAAAUUAAUAGAACAUUGUGUUUAUUUUGAAAAAAAAGUAAUCAAUACAAAAAUUAGUAAUUGAAUUUUCUCUUUAGAAGCUAAAACUUCACAAAUUAUAACUGCUAUAAUUGCAUAUAUGCAUACAAACACACACACACAUGUAUAUAUACACACAAUUAUGCAUAUUUAUGCUUACAUGCAUACAAAAAAAUAUAUGUGAUUGUAGUAGUAUUUGUUGAGUAGAAAGCUAUAGUGUUCAAGUUUUUUAUGAAGGUUGUUUAUGGUAAGACGGGAGGAAGUGAGUGAGAUAUUGUCAUGUUUAGCUAUCAGAAAAAGCUAUCGGUUUGAAAUGUCUUAGCAUUUUAAAGGUUUUGUGUUUGCAAGAAAAGAUUAAUUCUGAGUUAAGGUUCAGCAUUUGGUUCCAAAAUAAAAGAAUAUGGCUGGAUUUAUUGGUACAGAAUUGGCAGGUUUUGUUGUUUCCUUGGUAUGAUUGUGCUCGGAACACUAUUUUGCAAUUAAUGCUAAAUGGGGUACUAUUUGGUUUCAGUGCUCAUAUAUGUUUGGAUAGUGAAGUAUCAUUUUUUCUGCUUGGGUUGCAAGAAAGUAUGAGUCUGUUGGUUGUAUUAUGACUUGAUUUGGUUUGCUGUUGACCCUAUAUAUGUAUGUGGUUGAAGUUGGUUGGGUUUUUUUUCAUGGUUACAGUUGCACUAGAGACAAUAUUAUUUGUGAAACAGUUUAUGCUUAGAGAGCAGGAUGAAGAAAUUCUGAAGUUGCAAUCAUUGUUAUAAAGUGUGGUUUUCAAAUUUUAUAAGUUAUAACUGGCUUCAGUUUUUUUCCAAUCUGAUCUGGCAAGGUUUCUACAGCUGGAUGCCCUUCCUAAUGCCAACCACUCUGAGAGUGUAGUGGGUGCUUUUUACAUGCCACCAGCAUGAGAGCCAGUCAGGCGGCACUGGCAUCGACCAUAUAUAUAAAUAUGUAUACAUACACAUAUACAUAUGUAAGUACAUAUGUACAGACAUAGAUACAUACAUAUAAUGGGCUUCUUUCAGUUUCCAUCUACCAAAUCUACUCACUAGGCUUUAGUCAGCCUGAAGCUAUAGUAGAAGACAUUUGUCUAAGGUGCCAUGAAGUGGGACUGAACCCAGAACCAUGUGACACUGAACUCAGGGACUUCUUUCACUUUCUGUCUACCAAAUCCACUAACAAGGCUCUGGCCAGCCAGGACUAUAGUAGAAAACUCUUUCCCAAGAUGCCACAUAGCAGGACUGAACCCAAGAAAGGAGUUGGCUAGAAAGGAGUUGGGUGCUUUUAGUAGCCUGCAUGUCUGCAGUUCUCUGCAAACCAUACAUUAUUAGUUCUAUUAAGUAAUGGUCUGAGAGAAUCAUGAGUCACCGUAACAUUAUGGAUGAGUGUCACAUUUUUACCCCUUGUUAGGUGGAGCACUAUUUGCUCCAUAAAGAACAUGUUUGCGAGAUCAAGCAGUCUUGGCUUUCUUUGCUUAUUUCUGAUUGUGUAAUGCCUUUGUCAUUUACUUAAUUUGAUAUUAUGCUCUGUACUCACGCAAUGCUUUAUUCUGAAGCAUAUGUCUAUUGAGUUCCAGCACCAGGUUAUAAGUAUCACUAAAUAUGUGUGCACGCACAUGCAUGUGUGUGUGUGUGCAUGUGUGUGUGUGUGUGUGUGUAUGUGCAAAUACAUAUAUAAAACUGGGAAUAGGGAUUCAAGAACUCAAACAACAUUCACAGAUAGCUCCCCGCAGGAUGUUCAGAUAACAAGGGGAGAGUAGUUCAGUUUAGGGCAUAAAUUAAUAUCACCAUGCUUCUGAAAAUCUCAGAAUCAUAAAAGUGGAGAGCCAAAUGUUUAAUGCAUGUAAAAUGUAUUGAAUAAUAAUCUUACUCAUUAUGUUACAAUACAUCUACAUGUAUACUAAUAUCUGUGUAGGAUGCUCUAGCUUUGAUGAUGUAACUGCAUACAGAUUAUGAAAAAGCUGUAAACAUAUGGAAUAAAUAUUUUUAUCUCUCA